UCAUGUGAUUGAAGAAGAGUAUUGGCAGUGUACAGGGCUGCCGGAUUCACAUUACAUUCUCAAAGGGAGAGAGAAAGAGUGUGUGAAUUAAAAUCAAGGACUACAGUGGGGAAUUUACUAAGUUGAGACAAAAUACUUGUGCCAAAUAUUUUACUUACUGGUGUUAACAGCCGUAAGGGCGUGACCAGGCUGCCUGGCAGCAGGCUGAGGGAAGUGGCUAGACGCUUAUAUAUACUGUAGUUGUUUCUGGUGGGGGAAGUGCCUAUAAUUCCCUGGCAGCCUAGGAAGGAACUGUUGCCUGUGAAAGGGACAAUAUUAGUUAAGAGACGAGGCAGAAAACCUACCUCUUCUGGGGUUGUAACUCACUCAAAAUGCUUAUGUUUGACCGUUUGCCUGGCAAACAAGACCCAAUGGAACCAGUUUCAAUGCCAUUCCAGCAGGGGUACAGGGUCCGAAUAAAGAACGAUAUUAAACCUGAAAAUAAACACAGCGUUAUUUACUCACCGCUCCAUGGCUGCCACAGUGGACUCUUCCAAUCACUUGAGGCUAAUGGCAGCCAAACUGAACCAGUCGAUCUAUCGCUGAACAAAAGACACUCCCCACAUAUGUCAAGCUCCCCAUCCUCCCCCUAUUCAAUGACUAUGCUAACUUCUUCAUCUCCUACAAUGAGCAUAUCACGUUGCAGUUCGCCCAGUAAGAGAUCACCUCAGCCUCCUAUCAGCAUGCCAUUAACCAUUCCUACAGUUCUGACUGCUCCAUUGUUAUCCCGCUCGGGGAUCCCAGGCUCAGGCUUGUACCCGGUUAUUCACCCAGUGGUCGUACAACCUGUUGUGUACACGCAACCCAUAAUGGUGCCCACUAUGAUAAAGGAUGAGCUGAGAAAUAAUCAACGUGAUCCUCUAAUACAGUGUGCAAUUUCUGGUGCUCGACCUAUGUCCAGGCAACAGCACAUGCAACUUUGUACCCAUCCACGUGGAGGUCAGCUGCUUAGUUCUGGUGAACAAGAUCCCAUGAUGAUGAAAGCAAUAAAAUGUGAGCAAGAGUUUGAAUUAGAUGGCUGCAUCAAUGAGGUAUCUUCUUCAGCCCUCAGUCCUAUGCAGCCAAUCAGAUCACAUGAGAGCCAUAAACCUUCAGUAAUAGUGCACGCUGUAUCAAGACCACACCCAGUUGAAUCCCCAGACACCCAGAAGAAGCGUCGCAUACAUAAGUGUGACUUUGAUGGAUGCAACAAAGUUUACACAAAGAGUUCACACCUCAAGGCACACAGGCGGACGCACACAGGUGAGAAGCCCUACAAAUGCACUUGGGAUGGUUGCACGUGGAAAUUUGCCCGUUCAGAUGAGUUAACUCGACACUAUCGCAAGCACACCGGCAUCAAGCCCUUCCAGUGUCCUGACUGUGAUCGCAGCUUUUCCCGUUCAGACCACCUCGCCCUUCACAGAAAACGACACAUGCUGGUCUGAGUCUGUCUGUCAUCUUUCACUGUGUAAGCCAGACAGGAUGCAACUAAACUCAUCCCUUUACUUAACCAAAAUUCAGCUGGGCUGAAUCCUUCAACAAAUGAACACUCUCAUGUAGUCAGUAUCUGAUGUACAAACAAUGCUCAUUUUUUCUUGUUGUAUGCAGGACUUAUGUUUUAUGAAUGUCUUUUAUGGUGAUGCAUAGCAUUCUCCACUGUGUGUAUGGACUGAGUAAUUUUUUUAAGUAUAAAAUUGCAUACUUCUGUCAUCCGAUUUGUUUGUUAAAAUUGUUGGCAUUUCAGCUGAUUAAUAAGCCUUUUAUAGUCUUGCCAGUGUAGAAUGCUGCUGUAUGCCAUUUCCUUCGUCAAAACCACACCUCAUUCAAAACGUGUACUUUUUUGCCAAUAGCUGAUUGAUGUUUUGUCAUUAUUUAGAGACAGACUGGGAAAGCAAAGUACAUUUUUGGUGUGAGGUUGGAGGACCCCAGGAAAUUCCUGAGCAAACAACUGUGAAAGAAGGAAAGGCAUUAAUUUGGGUUUGGAGGAAUUUGCCAAUUUUGACCGACCUUUUUGACAUAUUUCGGCAUUGCACUCUCAUCCUUUUCCACAAAUGUCAUUUGUCUGUUCUUCAGUGUUGGUAUUCUAUAGGACCAUCUCUUCUGCAGUGAUGUCCACGUUUCAGUAUCAACUUCAACAAGUUAAUGAAGUUAACACAAAGGUUCAACAACAAUGACUUCUCUUUAUAUCAUUGCACAACUGCAACCUCAUUUUAUUACUAACUUAUUUAUUGGAAAUUCUCUUGUUGAAGCAACAUUCCCUUUCUCAAGUGGAAGUUUCAAACUUUCACUGGUGGAGCUCAACCCAUCCUGGAAAACAACCUGUCCAGUUCCCUAGAGUUCAUAAAAAUGAGACUUGAACUUUGGGGUUCUGAACUAUAAUCCAUUUUGUUUCAUUUGUGGUCAAGUUACAUUUUUAAUUUGAUUGGAUAUGUGACCAACUUGGGAAGGAAAUUAAGAGUUUUUUCACAUAAAUUAGUUCAAAUACAAAAGACAUCCUCUUACAAAAUCUUCUGAUUGAAUAAACGUUGCCGAACACACAAAAUGGUCAAAAAUGAAAAACAUUAACAUUUUAUUUAAAGAAUUGAUUAUAUUUUGUCAGAUCAUAAUUAAGCGAAAUUUGACUCCUUACAGGAAGAAUUCGAUAAUGGGAAUGUUGUGCAUUGAGUUGACGGAUUUGUUGGGCCGAAGGGCUUGUUUCCACACUGUAGGGAAUCUAAUCUUAAAAAAAAAAGUGAUUGGACAACAUACAAUCACCAAUAAACCAUAUUAUCAUUGUUGUCUCUAUUUCAGAUGAUAGAGAAAAAUGAACCAUGUGUAACAAAGUUCUUUAACUAUCUGAGAAAGGAACCUGCUUCGAACAAUUCUGCUCCACCCUUUCAUCAAAAUACCCUUCUACCAACUGCUUCCUAAUCUAUAAUUAUACCAUGGCACUUGACAUAUGCCUUUGGCAGGUCGACAUAAAUUCAUUAAUAUAAUGUUGGUUUCAUGCUAUAUCAAUAUGACACAACAGAUGCUGUGCUCUCUAAAAUCAUCCUUGGGAAACUCUGAAAUAAUCAAUGGGAAUGAAGAACUCAAGAAUUUGUGUGUGAAAAUGUACUCUGCCAAAUAAGGCAUUUUGUCAAAGCUCAGUUGUUUUCAUUUAUUGCAACAAUUAUAACAUUUAAUUUUAAUAAUUAAGGUAUUUGGGCUAGUUCUGUUAAGCUACUCAAAAAUCAUCUUUUAAACAUUAGUGUAAAUAUUUUUAUUGCUGGUUUAUUGCUUACAGUUGGUAAGGUUUUGUAACAUUUUUCACUACAUCCAGUCAAACAAGCAUAGUAAUCUGAAGCUGAUAUGGACCUUGUCCUGUUUAAAGUUACACUACCGGCCGCUGGAGAACAUUCUAUGAUGUGGUUCAUUACAUUCCAGUUUUAUUAAUUUAUGCAAAUAUUGAAAAGCAAACUUCAAUUGCCAUGGCUGUAAUUUUUUUUCCAAAUAUAUCAAUCACCAACUCUUCCAAUUGUUUUCUGUAGAACUUUUAAAGAAACAAAAUAUUUUAAGUGAACAGCAAAACAAAAUGAAAGCCUAAGCACCAGCAUGGCUUCUGUGAACAUAAAAGUGUUUACAAGUUUUUGAAAUUAUGUAAAUCACUGGCUAAUGCCACAUACACCUAUAAAUCACCUCGAUCUUACAAAUCUAUAGUGUAAAUAGACAAUAGACCAGGUUUCAUUCUAUGUUCACACUUUGACUGUAAUAUGGGUUAGUGACCACUGCAGCCAAUUUGGAUAUGUAUCUAGAUUAAUAAUGCACUUUAAUGCGUACCAAAUAUUAUAAAUCAUAUUCAGAUUUGAUGUAAUUUGGAGUGCAACAUUUAUUUCUGUAGCUUGUCUCAUGGCUCAGCUGGUGAAAAUUUUAAUCAGUUUGGCAUUGAGGCACACAAACUAGGAAAAGUACAAGUUUGAACACACUUCAUGUGGAAUUAGUUCAUCUCACCACAGUAUAGCAGUAGAAAUGCUAUAAUUAGCCUCAAUAUCUUUUUUAAAAAUUGAAACAAAUAAUCAAAGCAGUAUCACUCCCAUUCUAAUUAGGAUCAACAUUUUCUGAUGCUGUGAAGUAUAUGUAAGGGUAGAUGUCAAGUGAGGUCAGAAUUGAGUUUGUGGCCUACUGCCAAUCACGGCCUAUGUUUGAAUAUCUACUUAGGGUAUUCAAGAGAUGGAGGGGAGGAGGGACAGAGUAGUACAGUCCUACAGAACAGCAACCCAGCAACUCCAACCUGUGAGGGAGAAAAUUGAAAAAAAAAUUUUUGAUUUCUGAAAACAAAUAAAUUUGCAUUGGAUCAUCAUAGUAUAAUGACAAAUAAACAGUAGUUAAGGUAAGAUUUCUAGAGCAGUUCAAUAUUUGACCACGUAGAAAAUGAUACCUCGGAGUUUUUAGUUUCAACUAGAUUGAGAAUGUUAAGUAAGACUUAAGUAUACACCGCGCAACUUAUUUCAGAGUCAUUUUGUAGGUGUGGGGCAUCCCAGAUAGGAAUACUUAAAAGGAAGUGCAGCACUGCAGAUGAUGCUGUAUAUCAAAAGCAAGCGGUACAGAAAUCUAUCUGAUAAAAUAAAAUGUGGACAGCAUCAGAUUCAUUUACAUUUUAGAGAAAUAUUUCAGCUAAACAAGGGACUGAGGGAUAAUGGAGAUAUGUGAACACAGUAAUUUUGGCGGCUGGCCUGCCUCAUGCAUUGUAGUCAUUGUUGAGAUUUGUAUAAGAGUGAUGUGAUUUUCUAUAAGGUAGAGGUGUGGGGCACCUGCCUUAGAGUAGGACAUCUUUCGAAGAAUUUAAAAUAAAAUGCACUGCAAAAUAAGUGCAAUCAGGUAAUAAUCGCAGCACAAAUAAUAAAUCUUGUGAUUUUUUUGUACAAAGAAAAGGUCUCUGCUUCUAAAGGUAAAGUAAUAUUUUUUUAAGAUUUAUAAUAAGGGUGUGAAAAGACUGAAAUAUCCGGUUGUGUCUUGUGUCAUAUAUCGAGGCGGGAAGGGGGAUUUAGAUGGCAUACACAUUUUGAAUCAAUUCUUCUCAACUUAAAAUGUGAAUUUUAACACUUUCUGUGGGGGAAACCAUGCAUUUUAGUUUAGAAUAUUGGUUUUGUCUAGUUAUUAUUCCCAAUGUCAACAUCAAGAGGCAUUUAAGAAAACUCAAGAUGCUGAGCAAAUGAAAGAAAAUGUAAACAUAUUUGUUUUGAUUUCCUGAUUGUGUGCAGUAGCCAUCACAGAUAAAACUUUAAAUUGAUCCAGAAAUAAUGCAUGAUGUAACUGUUCCAAUUUGGAACCACUUGUACAUUAGAAUGAUACUUACUAUGUAUUAUGAGCAAAUCCUAAAUUAUGUAUUUAUACUUGUUAAAAUAUGUUCUUUUCAACUGCGAUAUUAUCAUGUAGGACUUUCAACCGUUACAAAGCCUAUGAUAAAGAAAUGAAUGCAAUAUUUCAAGGCCAAUUUGUAGCAAAAGACUUGCCCUCAACAUUUUCUCUACUGACCUGUGAAUCUGGUGAUAUUCAACGGAAGAUGAAAUUUAUUUUUACUAGCAAGAAUUCAUGAAACAAAAUGUUGUAACUAUGAAUCGUCUUAAGAUUGCCACCUUAUGAACUUUUUUUUAAAAAAAUGUGGUGGUUAUCUAUUUUUUUUAACAAAACACAUGCAGAAAUAAUAAAUGUUGGAAUAAUGUUCGAAAGCUUAAAUUUCAGUACAAACCAGAAGGUGUUUGGACCUGCUCAUCAUUUGAAUUUAACUUUCUCAGUUGGAUGAUUUUCAUGAGUUGCAAGCAGGCUGCUACAUUAAGUUGGCAUUGCAGUAGUGAUAACAAUCAUAUGGUCCAAACUACUGUUUUCUCAUCACCUCCACUUACUCCGGGCUUUCCAACAAGUGAUGGAUUGAUGGUGAAGGAGACAGCUGCAAAAGGAAGAAAAAUAAUUGCCUGUUAAUAAAUACUUACAACUUCCAAGUGUUUAGGGUCUUGAAAAGUCAUUGCUCUGGAUAUUUUCUAAUCAAUCUGGUUAGAUAUGUUAUUACACGCCUCUAGAUUACAUUGGAUUUGAACCCAGGCUUAAACACUGUGCUAUAAAUUCCUGAGACAUUACUCCAAAAUAUUAUAUCCUGUUGUGUUCCAGUGUGAAGAUAAUUUUAUUCAACAUUCAUUGUGAAGCACUUUCAUCUCUCAAUCUAUAAUUUUUUUACUUUUUAUCCAGCUAGAAUUAUUUCAUCUGCUCAGCAUCUUUGAAGACCCACUUUGAGUAUUGCAACAAUUUAUUGUCAAAAAUUUAAGCAAUAAAUUGUGCUGAAAACGUAGAACAAUAUAGGACUAUAUUUCAAGGGAUAAUACGACUAAUUUGGGAUUUUGUUAACUUUAUUUAAGUCAUACAAUAAUAAAGAUGUGAAGUCAUAAUGUUUUUUUUAAACUACUUCUUCAUUUCUAGAUUGUCCCAUGGGAGUUUAAUAAUGACGUUUUGUCAUGUCAAACUGUGAAUACAAAUUUGUACUGUACAGUCUUACUCUAUAUUCAAUAUGUAUAUGUAUUGUACAUCU